AUGCCUUUUCCUUUUCUUCGUGCUACCUCCACUACCCGUAUUGACGAGGUGCUGCUCGUCGCUUGUCACACGUUUGGGGCCAAGCGCAAGCCCCAGCCGCAAGCCAGGAUCACUUCGUCGGCGGACCCCUCCUUACACACCCCAGACGAGCUCCGAAAUCUCGGCGACAAACGGGCGAGAGGUCUGGAGUGUGCUUGUAUAGAGUACGAAGCACCAUUGGACAGUUUCUUUGCCUCGCGCCCGUCAGCCGUCAGUCUCACUUUGGCCGGUGACCGACAGACUGCAGCGAACAAUCGUGUCUAUUCGCAGGUGUUCCAUUCCGGCUGA